GAAAACAGAAUCGCAUUGUCUUUCGCAAAAGUACUCGCGCCGCGUGCGGUGCUUGGUGCUUCGUUGAACGAACACAAAAUUCUUACAAAAUAUGGAAAAACUCAUUUAAUCAAUAUUCAUUAUGCGCCUAGUUUAUUUAUUUAGUGUCCACAAUUUUGAUUUGCUUUCUUGGAAUUAUUUAUUCUUAUUUUGUUCCGGUAUUUUGUAAAAUUUAAUUGGAUAAAUAGUUACCCGCAAUUAGAACGGCAUUUUUGUUUUAAGUUCGGUCAAAAUGGAAAAAGGGAAAAAUAAAAUAGUUUACAAGCUGGUGUUAACUGGAGGUCCUUGCGGUGGCAAAACCACCGGACAGGCUAGACUUUCUACCUUCUUUGAAAAUCUAGGAUGGAAGGUAUUUCGUGUACCUGAAACAGCCAAUGUUUUGCUAAGCGGAGGUGUGAAAUUUGUGGAUUUAAAUGAUGAAGAGGCGUGUCGAUUUCAAGAAAACCUUUUGAAGACGAUGCUCCAGAUCGAGGACACCUUCUUCGAACUGGGGCGUACAUGCAGAAGGAACUGUCUUAUAAUAUGCGACAGGGGAGCUAUGGACGCGUCAGCUUUCAUUCCCAAAGAACAGUGGGAUUCGAUCAUGCAAGGCAACUGCUGGAACGACGUAGAGUUGAGGGACAACCGGUACAAUCAGAUCAUUCAUAUGGUGUCGGCGGCUAAUGGUGCUGAAGAGUAUUAUUCAAUCGAGGACCAUUCGUGCCGUUCCGAAGACGUUGAGCUGGCCCGCGAUCUGGACGCAAAAGCCGCGUCUGCAUGGGUGGGCCACCCGUACUUCGACGUCAUCGAUAACUCCACCAACUUUGAGGGCAAAAUGCGCAGGAUGAUCGGCUCGGUAUGCCACAAGAUCGGCCUCGCCAUAGGUGACAGAUUGCUUAGCACUUCAAAGAAGCACAAGUACCUCAUCAGGGGUCCGUUGCCCGAAGAAUCCGUUUUCCCCAAAUUCCAGGACUUUGAGGUCGUUCAUAAUUACUUACAGUCCAACUCGCCUAACCAAGUCAGAUUAAGAAAACGAGGGCAGAGAGGUUACUACAGUUACAUACAUACGGUACGACGUCAAAAUCAGCCCGGAGGUCAAGUGAUUGAGGUAAAAACCCAGAUAACCCAUCGCGACUAUAUCAACCUGCUCACGCAAAAGGACAAUUCCCACUUUACAAUCUACAAGAAGAGGCGCUGCUUCAUAUUCAACAACCAGUAUUUCCAGCUCGACAUCUAUGAGCAACCUAGUCAUCCAAGAUGUAAAGGAUUAAUAUUACUGGAGACUUAUUCCGCCCUUGAGGAAAACGAAUUGAAGAAACAUCUACCAACUUUUUUGAAUAUUGAAAUAGAAGUUACCGGAAACCCUGAUUACUCCAUGUAUAAUCUGUCACUUAGAGAGGAUUGGAAAACUUCAAAGAAAUAUAACCGAACUCCUGCCAUAAUUACGAGUCCCGAAGACAAUGCCCUUUCAACAGUAGAUAAAAAGCAGAAAAGCCAAUACGCAAAUAAUGAAUGCAGAGGUGAUUUUGACCGCGAGACGUCGGUGAAAAUGAAUGGAUUUGAUGAUAUGAGCAGUGUCAAUAGUAAAGUUAACGGAAAAGCUUAAAACGCGUGAUAUAUUGUCAUAGUCAUUGUCCUAAUAGUAUUUUAAUAUGAGUUUCUGAGUGGUAUGUGGAUAUCGAUCUCUAGAAUCAUAAUGGCGAAACUUUAACAGUGUAUUUAGCAGAUAAAAGUAUGUAAAGUUCAUAUAAAAUUAUGUCCUCAAAUGUUUCAAUUUAGAGAGUGUUGUAAUAUUGCCAAAAAAAAUCUUUUAUUUUCUGCCUUCUAGAUUUUACUUUCAAACUUGGCAGGUAUUAUUCACUUAAAAACAAUUAUUAGUCACUUAAAAACAAAUUUAUAGAUUUGUUUUUUGUUUAACCAGUGGCGUUCGUGCGAGCAUCAUAAUUAAUUUAGAUAGUAAAAAAAAAUGGUUAAUAAAUUUAGAUCACCUGAUCAAUUAAAAGGAGAAUCUAGAAGAGAUUUGUCUAUAAAUAGGAAAAAAACGAUUUUUUUACAAUAUUCCAAAUGAAUCUUUUUGGGAGAUAAGUUUAUAUCAACUUUUUUCCUUAUUUUUUUCUUCUGAAUAUGUUAUUAACGUUGCUCCAUUAUAAUUAGAACCACCCUGUAAGCCAUAUAAAAAUUUCAGGUUCCUUCUUUUUUAAAAGGUAGGUUUAUUUUUUUGUCUGCGGUGAUAUAGUUAGGAUAGUAUUAGAAAAUUCUUCUUGUUUUUUCAGUCAGAUGUUUGAUUUUGAGUAAUAUAUAUAUGUAUAAUUAUGUAAAUUAGUGGCGUAGAAUGUCUUCAUUUUUAGAAGAAUCUGUAACAUUAGCACCUAAUUUUUUCGUUAUAAAUUAUUUAGGGGCGCCUCUGAAUCGUCGCAAUGUUAUUUUUUGUCAACGCAUUUUAGGGAAUAUCUAUCUAGAAAAUGGUUGUAUUGUGGUUUUCUGGGAGUAAAUUUCAUUCAUUCCCAGAGACAUAUAUUUUAUAAAAACUUAGUAUGUGGGGUUAUUACUGACUCUAGGUGAAUUUUUUUUAAUCGACCGACAACAAUCUGUGACUGUAUAAGGUUGACUAAAGAACGAGGGGGAGUCAUCUUAAAAUUUAUAAAACGUGUGUCAUCAAGAUAUCUUUUUCUGUAUAGAUCUAUUUUUAAUGUAAUAUACAAGCAAUUAUUGGUAUUGUAUUUAUUGUAAUUUAUAAGAAUAUCAGGAGACUUGCCAGUUUGUUAAUCUUGUUUAAAUCAUAUCCAUUUAUUUUGGAUGACUCUGGAUUGUGUGAAAUAAAUUUUGUACUUAUCUUUUCCGCAAUGGUACUUGAAAUAAAUUAUAUUCUGGAUGGA